AUGGAUGAUGGUGGACUUGAGGGAUGCAUCGAAGAAAUGGGAGAGUUGGCCAAGGAUAAAUCACCAUAUCUUGGAAUGGAGCUUCUAUCAGAAGAAGCUGCAUAUGAGUUUUAUAAUGAAUACGGAAGAAUUGUGGGGUUUAGUAUUAGAAGAGAUUAUUGUAACAAAAGUCAGAAAGAUGGUGUUAUGACUAGUAGAAAGUUUGUUUGUUGUAAGGAGGGAGAGAGGAAAAAAGAUAAACGGUACACAAUGAUAAAAAAUCCUCGAAGUGAGACAAGAACAAAUUGUAAAGCAUUUAUGCAUAUAUCUUUUAAGCGGGACUUGUCGAAGUGGAUUGUGUCGAAGUUUGAUAGCAACCACAACCACCCUUUGCAUCUUCCUCAAUGUACUCAUUUGAUGCCAUCUCAGAGAAAGGUAUGUGAUGCUCAGGGUAUAAAUAUUGACAUAGCUGAUGAGAGUGGAAUAUCUCUUAAGGCUUCACAUGAUCUUAUUAGUGCUAUAGCAGGAGGGAAGAAAUUUGUAGGGUUCACGCGAGAGGAUCAGAAAACAUACUUACGUGCAAAAAGACAGCGAAACUUGCAGUAUGGUGAAGCGGGGAGUUUGUUAAGAUAUUUCCAGCAGCAAGUGGCAGAAAAUCCAUAUUUUUACUAUGCCAUUCAGUUGGAUGUAGAUGAGAUGAUUACUAAUAUUUUUUGGGCUGAUCAUCAGAUGAUAACAGAUUAUGGGCUUUUCGGUGAUGCGGUGUCAUUUGACACAACUUUUCGAACAAAUAAGGAGUACCGUCCACUUGCUUUAUUUUGUGGCUUUAACCACUUUAGAAUGACAGUGAUUUUUGGUGCAGCAUUAUUAUAUGAUGAAACUGCAGAGUCAUUUGAAUGGUUAUUUGAAACAUUUUUGGAUGCGAUGUUAGGAAAAAAACCUGUUAGUUUUUUCACAGAUCAAGAUCAAGCAAUGGCUAAAGCAAUUUCACAAAUCAUGCCUGAGGUUUUUCAUGGGUUGUGCACUUUUCACCUAAUGCAAAAUGCUUUGAAGCAUUUAGGUUACUUGUUCAAGAGUGGUUCAAAAUUUAGUAGCGAUUUAAAAGCUUGCAUUUAUGACUACGAGAAUGAGGAUGAAUUAAUUGAAGCUUGGAAUUCUUUGAUUGAUAAAUACAACUUGCAAGAGAAUGAGUGGAUGAAAAGAACUUGGAGAAAAAGAGAACAGUGGGCGCAUGUGUAUAUGAAGUGGAUUGUUGUAGAUAAGCGGUAUGAGGAAAUUUCCGCAAUAUAUGAUUCUAGACAAAAGUUGCCAAGAAUGAAAUUGAAAAAGUCUCCCAUUUUAAUCCAAGUUAGGAGUUUGUACACCCCUCCUAUCUUUGAUUUAUUUCAUUGUGAGUUGGAUACGUCCCUUUGUUGUCAAGUGAAGCAAUUCCAUGAGUUAGAAGGAGAAGUUAAGUGCGUGAUUGGCUUGUAUGGUAAUGGUAAAGAGUAUAUUGUGGAGGGUAGGGUGGAAGUUAUUGGGCUAAGAGGAGAAAAAAGUUGUCAAGAAAUACAUUGUACUUGUAAGAAAUUUGAGAACUUUGGAAUUUUAUAUAGUCAUGCAAUCAAAGCACUUGAUAGAAUGAAUGUUAUGAAAAUUCCCGAAAGGUAUAUAUUAGGCCGAUGGAGAUUGGAUGCAAAAGAUUGUGAAGUUGAAGAGAAAAAUGUUGUAGUGGAUGAGGAUGAUCCGAAGUUGUUAAUAUUAGCACGUUAUAGAGAUCUUUGUCCAAGAAUGGUGAAACUAGCAACUCAAGCAUCUAUGCACAAACCUGCCUAUCAAUUGGUUGAUGAAGGAAUUAAGGAAUUGUGUGUAAAAGUAAAUAAUAUGAUGAAGGGAGUUGGAAGUUUUGGUACCAAUGAAUUAGAUGUGGACGACCCCAACAUUACACAAGUUAAGGGCAUAAAGAAGAAAGAUGUUGGACACAAAGGGAGGGGUAGAUUAAAACCUUGGCAUGAGAUGAUGAAUAAGAAGACAAAAGUUAUUUCACAACCUACCCGCCUUAGUAAGGUAUUACCUACGUACUUUUGGGAAAGUGUUGGAUUGUAA